GCUUUCGUUGAGUCGUCCAGGAGAUUUUCUUGCGAAUUUUAUUCUCUUUUACAAAUCCGACUUUUUCACAUCCAUCGCCAUGUCCAACGAGUUCUUUUACGGCGCCACCCUCAAGGGAGAUGCUCCAUCACAGACAUGGGACCCAUACCCAAAGAAUGAGGAGAAUACGGAGAUUCUCAUGCCACAUAAGUUGAUUAUUAAGCAGAUUCUCCUGGGCUAUGAGGCCAAGGAAGGUGAAUACAAUGUUAUUGAGGUGACAAGCCCCACGAGCCAGGAAGAUGUGAAAAUCCCCAUUGCCGUGCUCAAGGUUGGCGAGACACGAUCAGUCAGCAUGGAGAUGGAAUUCCCGGACGCUCCCAUCACAUUCAAGCUCAUCCAGGGCUCCGGCCCCGUGCACAUCCAUGGCCACCAUUUGAUCCGCGAGGCCAGUGAGGCAGACAUUAUGAGUGAGAUGGGUCAGGGGGAGGAAGACGAGGACGGCAUGGAGGAGUACGCCGAAGAAGAGGAGGAAGUCCCGAAUCCCGCAAAGAAGGCCAAAUUGGCAAAUAAUUCCAAGGAUGGCGGCACAAACAACAAGGCAGCCCCCAAGAGCAAGAAGUAAAGAAUACGGAGGGGACCCCAUGGGGCUGCGAUGAAAUGUAUUUUACAGUUUAUUAAGAAAUUUAUUCCUAACAAAAACAAAAAUGAAAAAAUAAAAAUAAUUCGAUUCAUUGAAAAA